UUUUCCUUAAUUCAACACGAUAAAAACAAUUUAACAGAAUGAAUGAUCCAAACAAGGCCAUAAGCGUGAACCUUUCUUCAUUACUAAGCUUGAAGACCGAGCUGUUGCGCAAACAGCAAGAAGUCAAAGUCGCCAAAGCCACAAAGACGUGUGCCACUGACUUUCGUCCUACCAAGAAUUCAGGCGCCAAGUCCAGCAGCAAGAAAGAACAGGAGCACAGGUACAAGGAGGUCAGUCGUGAUGAUAACGCAAAGGUGUAUGAAACUGAAGAUGCUGGACAGUUGGAAAAGUCUCGGCGUGUGCUGGAAGCGAAGAGUAAGUUCUACGAUCGUAUGAGUCGUAGCGGAGGCAGCUUAAACUCAGAUGACAAUUGCCUGGUUAUGUUUAAUCGUAAGCGGCAGGAGGAAGCGCAGUCUGAGGAUCAAGAACAGGGCUGCGCGCUGCGGGAACGUUUAAGCAGCUCUAGCAGUGAUAGUAGCAAUGCUCAUGACGAGGGUAACGACGACGACGAAGUCGAGUACACAGAUUGCUUGGGACGCACCCGCAAAUGUUUGCGCAAAGAUCUGGCUGAGGCAAAGCGACGUGACAAGCAGCUAGCGGAGAGCAUGCCGGAGCGCUUGGAUCAAACAAAAGCAAAUUGGAUGAUUGACGUUAAGGGCGCCCAAUCCAAUAACAGCGAUGAUGGCGAAGCAAAUGAUGAGCCAGAUUUUGGACCGCGACCUACAGAAAGCGUUUGCAGCGAUUUGCUGUCAACUAUGACAAAGCACGAUGAACAGCGACUUAACUGGGAGCGUCAAGAGCAAGAAAAUUUCGAUAAGAUGGAUGUGCACUAUCAAGAUGUUUUCUUCGAUGAAGCACGAACACAUGGUGUGGGCUACUAUGCCUUUUCGACGGACGAGGCGGAACGCAAGGAGCAACAAAAAAAAUUGGAAGAAGCACGAAAAGCCACACAAGCAGAGCAAGCUCGUCGAGAUGCGUUGCGAGUUCAACGAGAUCGACUAGUGGCCGAUCGCGUAUUAGCGGCUAAAAAUCGGUUGCGUGCCCGCAAUGGGUUACCCCCCAUUAGUAAGGAAGAGUACGAGAACGAGCAACAGCUCAAAGCAUCAGAAGCGGCCACAGACGUAGUGGAAAAAGAACGUGAACGUGAGAAGGAGCAGGAACUCAAAGAGAUAAAGGCACACGAGGAAGCUAUACGCGACGAGCUUCGCAAGGCAUACGUACGUGACUGGGACAAGGAUAAGAGUGGUGUGGCAAAACCUAAAAAUGUUGACGACGAAUCCACCGAAUGGAAAUAUAAGGCAGAGCGCUUGCCCAUGUCACAGGAGCAAUGGAAUGAGAAACAGCGCACCCUACGCCAAAAAGAGUUCGCACCCAUGCCAGAGGCAGAUCCGACGCCGCUAAAACGCACAAACUUUCACAGCGCUGCUCCCUCGACUUCAUUUUGGACGUCCAACGCAAGCGAGGACUUCAGCAUGUUUCAUUCCACGAAACGCGAGAAACAAUUUCAGCGGCGCAGCUAUCAGUCGGCUAACGAGUAUGACAAUGAUGCCAGUCCCACAACAUCACAAGCAGCUGGAGCUACAAUACCUCCCCCCGAUGACCUCGAUGCAGCCUCCAAUGGACCACCCGAAUCGAAGCGUGCCAAAUCACAGUCAGAGUUGGAACGCUCCAUUGAAGCGGGUCUUAAGUUUCUGCGUAAAUAUUGUGAUAAAGGCGUGGUGGGCAACAAAGGUACUUGGGUGGCCAAGGCAGACUACUAGCCCUAGCGGUUGGUCUGUAAUUUAUUGCGUUUGCUUCUGGUAAACAAUUUUUUAUAGAAAACAUACAAUGCAUACAAUUUAUAAAUAUGUAUAUUGUACACAUACAGCUCACUACAUAUUUCUAUUGCCCAAAUAUUGAGCUAAAUGUACACAUGUUUAUAACGUAGGCUAAAUGGCUAAAUUAAUGUAACGUACAUUAAUCUAAGUGUGUGUUUCAAAAAUGUCUGGAAAAUGUCAAAUGUUCCGUUGCAUAUCCAAAAGGCGCAGCAAUUAAAUUUUGAAAAUGUAACUGCGAAUAAAGCAGCUGAAUAUAAAUUUAAAAGUACA